CUUUGCCCUCUACAAAUGGUAGAAGUUCUGUCGUUUGUCACCUCUGCACUCUCGGCUUUUGUUUUCCAACUUCUUCAUGUCACCUUGGAUUUGGGACGUCCACUGUCAUUGCUGGUUCUGCUGGCAUUGGUGAAUGUCGGAUGCGUCCCCAAAAAGGUAAUGUGGAACACAGCUGUCCACUCUGAAUUCAUUCACGAUCAUGUGGAUUAUGGCUUCCAAAGCUGUGAGAAUAAAUUCAAUUGGCAUGUCAUCAAGGAGAAGCGCGAUGCCUAUGUGAGCCGCCUGAACACCAUCUACGAAAACAAUUUAACCAAGUCCCACAUAGAAAUCAUCCACGGCUAUGCAACAUUUACAGACGGUCCUCAGCCCACGGUCGAGGUCAACGGGAAGAGGUAUACUGCCCCUCACAUCCUGAUUGCCACAGGUGGUUUGCCCACAGUUCCUCACGAGAGCCAGAUCCCAGGUGCCAGCUUGGGAAUGACCAGUGACGGAUUUUUUCAGCUGGAGGACUUGCCUAGGCGCAGUGUCAUUGUGGGUGCGGGCUACAUUGCCGUGGAAAUAGCUGGCAUCUUCUCUGCCCUGGGCUCCAGGACGUCACUUAUGAUAAGGCAUGAUAAGGUCCUUAGGAACUUUGACUCGCUCAUCAGCUCCAACUGCACCGAGGAGCUGGAGAACGCUGGCGUGGAGGUGUUGAAGUUCUCCCAGGUUAAGGAAGUAAAGAAAACACCAUCCGGCUUGGAACUUCACGUGGUUACUGCGGUUCCUGGUAGGAAACCCACUACAACCGUGAUUUCAGAUGUUGACUGCCUGCUCUGGGCCAUUGGACGGGACCCAAAUUCUCGGGGCCUGAAUCUAAAUAAAGUGGGGGUUCAGACCGACGACAAAGGCCAUAUCAUCGUAGACGAAUUCCAGAAUACCAGUGUCAAAGGCAUCUACGCUGUGGGAGAUGUGUGUGGGAGAGCUCUUCUCACCCCAGUUGCGAUUGCUGCUGGCCGGAAACUGGCCCAUAGGCUUUUUGAGUGCAAGAAAGAUUCCAAAUUGGACUAUGACAACAUCCCUACCGUGGUCUUCAGCCACCCCCCUAUCGGGACAGUGGGGCUCACCGAAGAUGAAGCCAUUCAUAAGUACGGGAAAGAGAAUGUGAAAAUCUACUCCACCUCCUUCACCCCGAUGUACCAUGCUGUCACCACGAGGAAGACAAAAUGUGUGAUGAAAAUGGUUUGUGCCAACAAAGAGGAAAAGGUGGUUGGGAUCCACAUGCAGGGGAUUGGCUGUGAUGAAAUGCUUCAGGGCUUCGCUGUGGCAGUGAAAAUGGGGGCCACCAAGGCCGACUUUGACAACACGGUCGCCAUUCAUCCUACCUCUUCAGAAGAGCUGGUCACACUCCGCUGAGAGCCCAGGGACUUGUAUGGCUGCAGUCAGACCAGUAGACCUCUGAGAAGAACUGACGAACGGAUCAAGUUUACUUCCUGCUCCAGCGUUCUAUGUUUAUUUUAAUCAGGAUCUUCUGAUAGUGUAAAUUUUUAGUUUAAAGAAAAAAAAGAACUUAUUUAUCUAAUCUGUAAUUUGUUUUGUUAAUCGGGGUUGGUUUUCAUUUGAUAAUAUUUCACAGUAAUUAAUAUUUUUAAUUUUUUAUCCCUGCACUAGUUCUGUUUUUCUUGCUUCAACCUCAUUCCAGGUAUAAACAAAUAUGAAGUACAGUGAAGUUAAUGCACCUGACGAAUGAAUAUAGCUGGCUUUUUUUUUUUUUUUUUUAAGAGACAGUGUCUCUAUGCGGCCCAGGCAGGGUGACCUCAGACUUAAGAACCUCUAGUUAUGACCUCAUGAGUGUUGGAAUGUUGGAAUUAUAGGCAUGCCUGGCCAUUCCUGGCCUAGCUUGUUAGUUUAUAUGAUGGUAAGUCUCCAUCUAUAAAUAUGCAAGUAUACAGAAUGUGUGUGGUUUUGAAUCUGCUGGUUUUGUUCCUUGUAUUGCAAAACUGCCCUGAGGAUGUGACCUCUCGCUAAUCUCCUUGUAUUCUUUGCUCUGUUUUAAAUGACUUAGAAUGGUUUGCAUUGUUUUUAUGAAAUGAAGUUAGGAGGCUGUUAAAUCUGUGAGAGAGCCUCGAGCUGAUGUGUUUGCAGGAGGGGUAGCCUCAGCCCCUUCAGAAGUCCUUCCUUCUGAGCACUCACGGUUCAGUCAAUCAUUUCAAUAUUUCUGUGGGGUUUGUCAUUUUAUUUUUUUUAUGAGAACUGUUUUAAAAAUUUGCCUUAUAAAAUUUAUUAUGAACUUUA